AUGGACAUUUUAAUAGCCGGAAGUUCUUCCGAGUUCACUUCCGGCCAUUUCAUUCCGGCAUCGUCCGACAGACAAAUACAUACAGAUACCGAAGAGAAAACGACCUGUUACAUGCAGAGUAGAACAUCCAUCCAGAGUAUUGUUAUCCAACAGGAACAUGGAAUAACGUUCACAACACCAAUUUCAAAGCAAGGUACGUACUUACAAUAUGCACUGCACAAUUGCAAAAGAGCAGAAAGCAGCCAUAGAUCAACACACAUGUUGCUAGGAAUGUCUGCUGACACCAAACUGGUUGCGAGAUUUGGAUUUGUACAACUUGAAACAAUGCAAAUUGUAACAACUCAUGCGCAUAUUGUACCUUAA